ACUUCCUGUCCUCUUGAGGCCGUUGCGGAAGUAGCUGCGGACAAAUCGGCGUAGGGGGAGCUUGGAGAGGAUAGUGCUUGUGAACUUGUAGCUGCUUUCAGCUUGCAAGAUGCCAGGUCUGGCAGCCGCGAGCCCUGUCCCGUCUGAAUCUCAGGAGAAGAAGCCACUAAAGCCCUGCUGCGCCUGUCCGGAGACCAAGAAGGCGCGCGAUGUGUGCAUCAUCGAGAAAGGAGAAGAGCAUUGUGGGCAUCUAAUUGAGGCCCACAAGGAGUGCAUGCGAGCCCUGGGAUUUAAGAUAUGAACUGGUGGCCUGCUCUGUGAAUAAUUCCUGAAGAAUGAAGAAGAUUAAAUCAUUUUGGAAGUUCUUUGAUGAGCUUUGAUAAAUGGAUAAAGUAUUUAUAAUUUAUUAAAAAAAAAAAAAAGAAAACGCC